AUGCCAGCCCGGUGCAUCUUGAGAGUGACGCAAAGGGCUCUUCCCACGGCGGUGUCCGGAGGCACCGACGUCGCGGCAUUGCUCGUCACGCGCAGCCUGGGAAGGUCGCGGCGCGGGCGCCGGCUGGGGCAUCCAGGAGGUCGCCGCGCCACCCGUGGGCUGCACGGCCCUGCCCCCGGGCCUAGCGGCGCACGACACGUCGUCUCGGGCACGCACGAUGCCGCUCGCUUGGCUCCGAUUGCCAGAAUGUCAUGGAUGCUCGUGGGCCACGCCUCCGCCACCAUCCGCGACCGCUCCGUCGCCUGCCUAUGCCGGGACGGAGAACUCCCGCAGGUUCCCGUCGCCAACGGCCGCCAUGGAUGCCUCCCGAGCUCCAGUUCGUCACGCGACCGCCAGGAACUGGUGUCCCGCGGCCGGAUCCGUCAAGUUCCGCCCCUCGCCAGGCCUCGCUCGCUCGCCGCCGUCGCGCCAAGUCCGCCUUCACCCUCUGCUCUCCUGCGCCUCGUCCCCGACGCCGGCGAGUCCAGCCGCCCGGAGCUCCUUGACGCCGGCCGGAUCCGACGCCCUGGAGACCCGCGCCCCGCCGGACCUCCUUCCGCCGUCUCCAAGUCCUGCCGCGGCCGUCACCCCGCUGCUGUGCCGCUGACCAUCAGUGACGCCGUGCCCUUGCUUCCUCUGCACCAAAGACGCGUCGUCCUCGCGUUGACCGCCAAGUCCCACGCCGCCCCGCCUGCUCCUUCAAGUCCUGCCAGCUGCAUCGCCUCGCCAAGUUCGCCGCCGUCGCCCAAGGCCCUCGGCUUCGCCGCCUCGCCAAGUCCCUGCCGCCGCCCCUGCUUCCCCUGCUUCGAGCGAGAUGGGACGACGCGCCCCUGCUCCUCGCGUUGA